UUACCCAUAGGUUUAGCCAACUCGUAUCCGGGAUUUAUCUAUGUUGAUAUCUAUAAACGCCUUUCCUUAGGUAGCUUGUAUUUCUGCUAAAUCGUAGUGUUUUGUGAUGGAGAACACCGAAUUCCUGCCUUCUACUUCGUCUGUAUCGUCUCUUAGUGGCUUUUCAAUUGACUCGUUUUCUUCGAUGUCAGUUGACGAACAGGAUGGCGAUGAGGAUGCCGGUUACAGACAGAUUCGGUCUACUCUGGCAGUAACAGAGAUGGAGCUGCGACGAGAAAUGGCAGAGAUACAGGAAGCUCAGGAAAGAGAGCUGGAACCUAGCGCCCUGCCAGAUUAUCACUCAGCUUUUCAAGUAGCGGAAGUGGAUGAACAAGGGAGUGCUGUGAGCGACGUUGCCAGAAUGAGACCGGGGGUGGACAGCGAUGGUCAUGAAGUGUCUACUGCGUUAAAUGUGCCUCAGACAGCUAUCGAUUCUGUGACAAGCAUAAGUGAAGCUGUUCUUGGCACAGCUUUGCCAAAUGUUAGAAGCACUUCAUCAGCUCUGUUUGACACGUCAUCUGCAGCGUAUCCUAUGAUUCUUGAUUCCAGUCUUCUUGACAGCUGCACAAUAAAUCCCCAGUGGAAUCAGUCAAUUACUUCAGUUUUGCCUCUAACGUCGGUUGAAUCAUUUGACUCUAGAAUUAACAGCUCUACUAUUGUCAGACGGUUGGACACAAACACUGACAUUAGUAACAGGAAUGGAGUGUGCUCAGUGGCAGUUGUGACAGGUCAAGAAUCAGCUCAGAAUGGGCCAAACAUUGGUGCUGUUCGCAGCUCUUGGACAAAUGAAGCUACCACAGUUGAUGUGGGAGAUCUUGUUGCAGAGUCUGAUGGACUAGGAAGUAGUAAUGUGAAGAACCAUUCGGUCAAUACAGCAGCUAUGAUUCAUGAUAAAAACUUUAAUGUGAGCAACGCUAGUACUGAUGAUUCACAGAAGGUACUUUGGUUGCCUCUAUUGUUGCCAAAACGAAGGGGUGGCUGGCCUAAAGGGAAAAAGCGAAAGAAAACAGUUUUGUUGUUGAAUCCUCCAAAAGCCCCAGUCACAGGAUACAUUCACUUUUUGAAUGCCAAACGAGCUGAAGUGAAGAAGUCUCACCCAGACAUCACAUAUGCUGAAGUUACUCGUUUAUUAGGUGCUGAAUGGAGCAGCCUUUGUUCAGAAUCAAAACAGAAAUAUCUGGUUGAAGCUGAGCUUGACAAAAAGCGAUAUGUUCAAGAGCUAGAAUCAUAUAAGCAGAGCAAAGAGUACCAAGACUUUGUAAAGCGGCGGAAAUCUUUGUCAGAUGGUUUAAAUCAUGAAAAUGAGGGAGAUCCACUCUCAGAUGCUAUGACAGAGCCUGAAUCUAGUGAGCUCUUUUGUAAAGCGUGUAAUCAAUACUUCAGCUCACUCCAUAACAAGAAAGAACACUUACUUGGAAAGCAACAUCUGCAGGUUGUGACAGGAGAGUUUAGAAAACAAACACAGUCAAGUCAUUUAUCUAGAGUGUCUACCUACUGUCUUGACUUUGAAAAUAGCAUACCAAAGUUUGUUGAAGAUUUCUUGCAAUGUGAAAAGAUGAGAGGAUUGGAAAUUUGUGUCUUGAGACAGUCAUUGACAUCAUCACAAGAGAAAAACAAUGCACUGAAACUUCAACUGCAUACUCUUGAAGAAUCAGUAAAAAGGUUGAAUGAAAAGCUGUUGAGAACCAAAGCUCUAGGAACCAAACUCGUUUCAGAACUAAGCAGAUUGAAGCAAGUGCUGAUGGCUCACAAGAACUCAGAAUCUAGAAAUUUGGUUUUCAAUAGAAUGAUUGCUAUUUUGGCAUAGUGCCUUAUCAAACUGAUUUGAAUUAAGGUAAAGAACAGUUGUAACGCAUUUCUUGGUUUCCAAUAGAAUGGCUACUAUUUUGGCAUAGUGCCUUAUCAAAGUGACUUGAAAUAAUUAACAGUUGGAACUCAUUUCUGUGUUUGUGUGGUUCUAUUUGGCCACUGCAAGUAUGAUAGUAAGAACAUAUUAGAUUUGUAUACCUGAUGUCAUAUGUAUUAUUGUAAGUGUGAUUCACAUGACAUAAUUUGCAAGAUCUUUGAGGGUUUGCUUGUUAGUUUAAUGAAAUUAGUCAUACCAGAUGUUGUUGUAUGUUAAAGGAAGCUUUAGCCUCCUUUGUAGGGUUGUUGUGUUGUUGUUUGAGUUGCUACAGUGCUUGCAGCAGUAGAGUUCAGCUAGUUUUCUUGACUGCGCUGUGCUGAGGACAUGUGCAUGGUAACUCAAAUGAAAUUAUCUUUGUUGGUUUAGUUAUACCAUAACAAAAAUUCGAAAAUGUAACAGGUUUUUUUAAAUUUUGGAUAACCAAAACUAAACCAAUACUAAAAUUAAUUUUACUAAAAUUAAUUUUACUAAAAUUAAUUUUACGAAAACUGAAACCGAAAGAGUCUACCAAUAUUAAUCACAUCUGCAAAUAGACCUACUGCAGUUUGGAGGUUUGAGGCCCACUUUUCUAGGCAUUUUUUGUUUGCGUUGGUAGACCUAGAAGUUCUGAAGUAAAGAAAUACAUAUUUUGACUAUCAUGCCAUAGAAGAUGUCAGUCACUGCAAUGUGAUAAUGAAGGGUGAAUGAGAAAGGGAACUAAGGAGGUUAUGUGUGGAAAGGUCGAAAAAAGGUUUUAUCAAAUCUUAAGAUACCAUUUAAAAUACAUCAUGCCAACAUCUACAAGCUGGUGGAAGUUAAUGAAAGUCAAAGCAAGCACUGAUGAAACAGCUGCAACCCUCAAAGCAGGCAACAAGAUCUUAAAAAGACUCGGGGCAGACUCGAUCUGUUAGCACCUUGUGCGGAAGGGAUACUUAUGAGAAGGAAGAUCUGAAAAGAUUCUUCAUCAUGGAGCAGCUAUUUUUGUAUUGACUCUAGCAGAAGCAUAUACAGAGAGAAGAUCGAUGGAGCGUCUGUCUACGCAUGGGUAGGGUGAUAUUGUUGUGAUGGUAUAUAAGAGACAGUAAGUUUGAGUUAGCAUCAGCUGGAGAAGACAACGGCAGCGGGAGGAAGCAUAUUAGGAUAGUGGCUCCGCCUCCUAAUCAGAAUGAUAUCACUCCACCCAUGCUCAGACGGACGCUCCAUCUUCUCACUUUAUAUGCUCCUGUUAUAAGUAACAUAGCAAAUAGCAUAUUGGAACAAUUUGACUUUUGCAAGCUUUGCAUGAGCCUGAACCAAGUCGAUCCGCAUGGAAAUUAAUUAAGUUAAAGGAUAUGAACAAAAAGUUUGCUCUGAGACAAAAAAGGAAUCUGACCCCACUCAUGAACAAGGCCAGCAGAGUAAAAUGCACUAUGUGCAGUUAUUUGGACAAAGAGAGGAAUGACGUCUUCAUUAGGAGUGGCAGCUGGCUUUGUUCCUGAUUACAGGAGGCAAAACGUUCAAGCCCAAAAGACCAGGAGCAGGUUGAUCCAUUUGCAGUCAGACACAUCCAUGCACUCAAGAUGACAAGAUUAGACCUAUGACUGAUAAAAUGCUUAGUGAGUAUGGGCUCACAAAGGACAAGACUAGUGCAAUUGUCACUGACAACGGAAGCAACACAAUAGCACCGUUUUGCCAGCAGGUAUAACAACUGAUUAUGGAUGAUUCUGUUUGUGAGGGAAGUAAUUUCAGCCCAGUUGUGUGCAAUUCAUGUCUAGUGUUAAUUAAUGAAAGGAGACUAUCAGGGGCUAUUCUCGAUUUCAGUGAUGCUGAUGGUAAUGUAUAGACUUUGAACCAGAUCACAACAUUGUAAAUGUGUCAUCUGAUAUUUCAGAUUAUGAGGAGAAAGACAUUGAUAUGCAGCUAACUUUUUUCAGGGUACACGAGACUUAUUAGAUGUUGGCACAUGAGACGUAAUUAAGCUAUAGGUCUUAGCUGUUUUUCGAAUGGUUGUUCGAAAGAUUGGCUAAUCAGUGUCACACAAAAAGCAUGUCAGCAGACUAAACCGUUUAGUGGCAAAGUUCAAUAAUUCUAUUAAAGCUGCUGAAACUGAAAUCUUUUUAAUAAGAAUGGGAAGAAGUUGUUGCUGACUGCUCGACUAGAUGAAGACCCACAUAUCUCUUAGUCUAUUUUACAAUUUUGUGUGUUUCUCAGCAAUACUGAACACUCACAGCCAUGUAGCUGAAUGAGGUACAGAAAGUUGCUACUGACUACAUGUCCUAAUACUCCUAUUGUUUGCUUUACUUCAGGAAAUGAAAGGCCUUUGUAUUAUCAAAUUGUGACAUGUUUGAAAGAGGCUGUGCUACAGUACGUGUUGUCAUGUAAGACUGGAUCGACUGUUCUAGUAGACAAACGAAACAGUGAAUUGUUAAAACUAUACGUACUGAGUAGGAUCAAAUCAAACACUACAAUACAUAGAUGCAAGCAAGUGUAGGUAACGUUUCUUGCAAUCAGUCUUGCUCUCGUCUGAAUUUUCACAAGGAAAUGCGGCCGGGACAGGGGCUGGAAUAUGGUAAGGAAAAAAAGUGGCAGUCGACUCACAUAGAGUCCUACACCCGACUGGAGACAGAUACGUUUUGAGGAGUCAGUACUCUGACUACGACUUUCUCGCAAGGGAUCACUCGCAUGAAACUGUUUUUACUUGCGAUGACUAGCUCUCUUGCCUUUUUUGCUCGUUAAUUAAUUAUGAGUUAUAUGUGGACAAUAAUAUAUAUAUAAGUAAGAUAUCUGGUG